CGCGCGGCGACGACAUCGACGGCGAGGCGGCGUACGACUACUCGGGCUACUCGGUGUCGCUGAGCGCGGACGGCGCGACGCUGGCCGUCGGGGCGCACUACAACGACGGCGCCGGCUCUUACGCGGGCCACGCGCGCGUGUUUGCGUGGGACCCCGUCGAGGAGACGUGGGUUCAGCGCGGCGACGACAUCGACGGCGAGGACGCGGACGACCAGUCGGGCGGGUCGGUGUCGCUCAGCGCGGACGGCACGACGCUGGCCGUCGGGGCGCGCGGGAACGACGGCGCCGGCGACAGCGCGGGCCACGCGCGCGUGUUCGCGUGGGACUCCGACGACGAGACGUGGGUUCAGCGCGGCGACGACAUCGACGGCGAGGCGGCGUACGACCAGUCGGGCGGGUCGGUGUCGCUCAGCGCGGACGGCACGACGCUGGCCGUCGGGGCGUCCGGGAACGACGGCGCCGGCUCCAGCGCGGGCCACGCGCGCGUGUUCGCGUGGGACUCCGACGACGAGACGUGGAAGCAGCGCGGCGACGACAUCGACGGCGAGGCGGCGUACGACGACUCGGGCGUCUCGGUGUCGCUCAGCGCGGACGGCACGACGCUGGCCGUCGGGGCGGUCUACAACGGCGGCGCCGGCUCCUACGCGGGCCACGCGCGCGUGUUUGCGUGGGACCCCGUCGAGGAGACGUGGGUUCAGCGCGGCGACGACAUCGACGGCGAGGCCGCGUACGACUGGUCGGGCGUCUCGGUGUCGCUCAGCGCGGACGGCACGAUGCUGGCCGUCGGGGCGCCCUACAACGGCGGCGCCGGCUCCAACGCGGGCCACGCGCGCGUCUUCGCGUGGGACUCCGUCGAGGAGACGUGGGUUCAGCGCGGCGACGACAUCGACGGCGAGGCCGCGGACGACCAGUCGGGCGGGUCGGUGUCGCUGAGCGCGGACGGCACGGCGCUGGCCGUCGGGGCGCUCUUCAACGACGGCGGGCCCGGCUCCGACGCGGGCCACGCGCGCGUGUUCGCGUGGCACUCCGACGACGAGACGUGGGUUCAGCGCGGCGACGACAUCGACGGCGAGGCCGCGGGCGACCUGUCGGGCUACUCGGUGUCGCUGAGCGCGGACGGCACGGCGCUGGCCGUCGGGGCGAUCUACAACGACGGCGGCGGCAACAACGCGGGCCACGCGCGCGUGUUCGCGUGGGACUCCGUCGACGAGACGUGGGUUCAGCGCGGCGACGACAUCGACGGCGAGGACGCGGACGACCAGUCGGGCAUAUCGGUGUCGCUGAGCGCGGACGGCACGACGCUGGCCGUCGGGGCGCGCUACAACGGCGGGGGGGGCAACAGCGCGGGUAGCACUCGGGUGUAUACCAUCGCGCCGUUGUUGACGCCCGCGCCGACGACCGCGUUGGCCUGGCGCCACCACUGCGCGACGUUCGCGCACUGCUCCGUCUGCUCGACGCACUCCGACGACCGCGCGCAGCUCACGCAGACGCGGUCCGCGCCGGCCUCGCAGGGGCUCGACUCGUACUCCAUGGCCGUGCACUCCGUGCAGGGCGAGCAGACGCGGUCGCUGGACCCGGAGCAGCCGCCCGCGUCGUAG